UUAGCUCGAAUGGAAAUGUCCGUCUCUGUCUGAUUUUUUUAUUUGUUGUCUGAGUGAAUGAGGGCUGCUCAUCAGGAAGUAUCCAGCGGGCCAAACUUUAUAAACGAUUAUUUAACAUUUCGGCCCCGGCCACGUCUUGCUCCGCUCGGUAUGACAAAGAACAGGCCUGUCUCUGCAGGCGCGAAUUGCAGUGGACUUCCAAUGAACAUGUUUUCAAGGGACGCUAUGUACCUGAAUAGGUUAACGUUAACUACAGAAGAUGGACGGAGACAGCUCGACCACGGACGCCUCCCAGCUGGGCAUCGCUGGAGAGUACAUGGCAUCCGGUCAUUACGUUCUCCAGUCUCAAGAUGAUGACGGCGAGGAGAAUCUGAAUGACCACGAUGACAGCGGUAUCAAAGAGAACUUCAGGGAGCAGGACAUCUAUCUUCCUAUCGCCAACGUGGCUCGCAUCAUGAAGAACGCCGUUCCUCAGACUGGAAAGAUCGCGAAAGACGCCAAGGAGUGCGUGCAGGAGUGCGUGAGCGAGUUCAUCAGCUUCAUCACGUCGGAGGCGAGCGAGCGCUGCCACCAGGAGAAGAGGAAGACCAUCAACGGGGAGGACAUCCUGUUCGCCAUGUCCACGCUGGGCUUCGACAUGUACGUGGAGCCGCUGAAGCUCUACCUGCAGAAGUUCCGAGAGCAGCCUAGCUGGCAACAGACAGAGCAUCAAGCAGCUGGGUUUCCAGAUGGGUUGGGAACUUCAGCGACAAACUGGGCCAUGAAGGGCGAGAAGGGGAUCCCCGGGGUGUCGGUGGGAGAAGGCCUGGGAGAUGAACUCACGGACGACAGCUUCACAAACCCACUGCCAGCUGGGAUUAUCACAGCAGACGGUCAGCAGCAGAACGUCAUGGUGUACACCACCUCAUAUCAACAGAUCCCCACCGUGCAGCAGAUCCAGUUUUCAUGACGAGACCUGAACACGGCGGCUCCUUUCACCAGGCACCGAUCGGCGGGUUGACCCCCUCCCCCCCAGGGUAGAGGUUAUCAGACAGGGAGGGAGGGAGAGGGAGGAGUCUGCAGAAACCCCCUCAUGUACAGAGCAAUCACUACCUGUUGAGUAGAAAGUCUAGUUCCUAGUUGUGAGGUACCAAAUGUUUUGGGAGUGCAGUCCAAAGCAGUUGGCAAAAUUGAGGCUUUAUUUUAAAGGCUAGUCUUUAUGACAUGAUUUAGUGGUCGGAAUAUGUUUUGUGUGUGUUCAUGUGUUUUGCUUUUAUGCAUUUAAUUGAUUUGCGGCGAAGGGUGGGGGUGGGUGGGGGGGGAAUAAUGGGAAGUGUUGGAUGUUUAUUUUUGAACACCUCUGUGUUAACUGAGAGAAGGCACGUUGUUACUGCCACAUCAGAUCAUGCAGCUCUUUUGUAAGUUGACACAAUUUACCAUGUGCUUUAAUGUUAUGUAAAUCCUUUGAAUAAAAAUUCAAAAGUGAUGUUUAAAA